AUGAGAUUGUUCUUCCCGACCUCCGACAACAACAACCCCCAUUGGCUCAGGACUGGACUGAUCGGCUUGACGUCACAAAGGAAUGUUUGCUGGAGAGUGAAAUGCAAGGGAAAAGGAUUGAUUUUUAAGUGCUCGGUUGCUGUAGAAUGUUCGUUUGAUUCUCGCUUUCUCGAACUAUUGCUCUCUCUCUCUCUCUCUUUCUCUCUCUCGCUCUCUUUCUCUGUCUGUGUCUGUGUUUGCAGGUGCGAGCACUGCGGCUCAACCGAAACAAAAACAGUGGGUCAUGCCGAGCCCACCCCCGAGGAGAAGCACUUCAAGGCCAACACUGUUGAAGUGGCAGCAUGUUCGAAGUGCGGCGGCCAAACGCGAUUUCCUCGCUACAACGAUCCAGCAAAGUUGCUUCAGACCCGAACCGGGCGUUGUGGUGAGUGGGCCAACUGCUUUACGCUCGUGUGCCGUUCCCUAGGCUACGAAGCUCGACAUGUGCAUGACUGGACAGACCAUGUUUGGACCGAAGUCUUCUCGGACUCCAAGCGAAGGUGGUUGCAUGUCGAUUCUUGUGAAGCGGCACUGGACUCCCCUCUCAUGUACGAGAAGGGCUGGGGGAAGAAGCUGACAUACUGCAUCGGCUUCGCUCGAGAUCACGUGAUGGAUGUGACCAGGCGAUAUACGCAAUGCUUCGAGGAGUUGCUCCCCCGGCGGACGCAGUGCUCAGAAGAGGAGUUGAAGAAAGCUGUGAGCGCGAUCGACGAGUUCGCCUUGGAUCGAUCGUUAGUGCAGUAUCCCGCGACUGUGGCUGCUGCUCGCCGCGCUCUGCUCUUUGCGAGGGCUGAUGCCGAAGCACAGGAGACAACGCACGUCGCCACAAAGGCCGAGGAGGUCGGGCGCACCAGUGGAGAUGCCUCCUGGCGCGCCCAGCGGGGCGAGCUUGGGGCCAACGAUGCGGCAAAGAAGAAGGCCCUUGAGUGCUCGGAAACGGGCUUGGAACAAGCAGGCACAUCACUCCCCUCGACGGGGUACAAAGGUGCGCAGGACGCGCAGGCAGCCCUACGGGCGAGGGUGGCCAAGUUGAUGGCCACAGGGCUUUCGGCGAACGAUGCCUUGUUGAAGGUGCUUGAGGAGGCGAAGCAGAAGGCUUGUUGA